AUGCCCAAGAAGGUGCCGAGCAGGCCGACGAAGCGCAAACGGGCGAGCGUCAGCAGCAAUACGACGCCGCACGACAUGAACGAGAUCAAGAGCGAGAAGGACACCGAGGUCGAGGCAAGUAGCGCCAGCGCCAUCAGCUACAAGCCGCCCCCGAUGAAGCUGCUCCCGCCCACCGGCCACGAGGUGAUGCACCGCCGCAUGGUGUUCAUGUGCGCCGGCGAGACGGAUGGGGUCGGGCUGACCAAGGUGCGCGGCGAGGCGUACGAGAUGGUCGCCACGCGGAACGACGUUUGCGCCAGGAGACGACACGCGACGCCUCGAGCGGCGCAUCAGCGUCCGCGCAUCUGCCACUACACCAAGGCGAACGUGCUGGUGAAAAGUGCUGGAAGCCGGGCCCCUGGAUGCGGCUUGCCGAGCGCUCACCUGCUUGCCGCCUCCACCGUCAGGCACGGCGUGGCC